CGCGAGACCAUGAACGUUCUUCCCAGCAGACCUCGCGGUAGAGACGUCACUGGCGUCCUUCAGCGCAAACGGAACAUGGCAUCCGCCACCCGCUUCAUCCAGCGGCUGCGGAACUGGGCGUCCGGGCACGAUUUGCAGGCGAAGUUGCAGCUGCGCUACCAGGAGAUCUCCAAGCGAACUCAGCCUCCUCCCAAGCUCCCUGUGGGCCCCAGCCACAAGCUCUCCAGCAACCACUACUGCACUCGCGAUGGCCGCCGGGAAGCUAUGCCGCCCUCAAUCAUCAUGUCCUCACAGAAGGUAUUGGCGUCAGGCAAGCCUGCAGAGAGCUCAGCUGCAGCGGCCACUGAGAAGAAGGCUGUGUCGCCAGCUCCUCCCAUGAAGAGGUGGGAGCUGUCCAAGGACCAGCCUUACCUGUAACUCUGCACCUGGGGGCACCUGGCCCGACCCUCAAGGCCCCCUGAGUGCUUCCCCUCCUUGUAUUCUUUCCGGGGAGAACACGACCUAAUUUAUGACAAAUACA